GAAUCAUGAAACAAUAUGGUCUUGGUGGGUCACACGGGCAUUGAAGAAACCGAAAGCAGGAAAUCUCUUCUUUCCUUAUAACAAGGUUUAUCGCCCUGUGCCUCUGUGGGAUAAAUAUUACAGUAUGCAGACCCAAAAAGCUAGAAAUGGCUCUCCAGAUGUUCCCAAGAAAGUCUCUCCUCGAGCUGCUCGGCCAUUGAAGAUAACAGGACUAGACCCUGACGCAUCUUCCCCUGUUCCAGCCUGUCACAGAACACCAAAAGACAAAAGCCCCAAGUUUCCAGAUCGCCGUUCUCCACGAAGCCCUGCCUCUGAGAAGAAGAGGCCGAGCAGGAUUACCGAGUUAGAAUCUCAGGUCCUUCAGCUUCAGGAGGAGCUCAAGAAGGCGAAAGAGCAACUCACAUUGUCUGAGUCGUUGAAGAAACAAGCCGAGCAAGAAGCUGAGGACUCCAAGAAGCAACUGUUUGAUGUUUCCUCGAAGCUCGAGGACACCCGGAAUGAAAUUCUGAAACUUUCAGCUCCGGAGGAGGAAGAAGUGGGCGUGCUCGAAUCCCGAGGUUUCUCUCAAGAACCCAAUCUGCAUCUUAAUGGUAAAGAAAGGGAAUUCACAGCCGAUGAAAAAGCAGCAUUGGCAGCCGCUGUUCACGAGAUCCGGCAAUUCAAGCUGCAGAUUGAGAUGGUGGCUUCUUCUGGGGCUGGUCAGAUGAAACAAGCUGAAUUACUGAACUCAGAGAUUCAACUCUUGAGAGGGAACUUGAUGGAAACGCUUUUCCUCGUCGAGAAUUUCAAGAACCAGCUAAGGGACUGUGAAGUUUCAGAGGCUGAAACCGAGGCUUUAACAACUGAGACUCUUAGGCAACUGGAGAAUGCUAAGAAGACAGUAGAGGCAUUGAGGUCAGAUGGAUCAAAAGCAAUCGAGAGUUACCAAAAGAUGGCUUUGGAGCUGGAACGAUCAAAAUCACGAAUGGAAUUGCUCGAAGAACUCGUGAAUAAACUCCAGGUGGAUUCAGAUCACGUUGAAAUCCACGAAAUCCUACUGAAGUAUGGAUCGAGUAAAGAACAGGAGGAAUCAAAUGAGCUAAGGAAGGAGUUAUUGAGGUUAAGAGCAGCACUAGAAGCUGCCGAGAAAAAACACGAGGAGAAUAACUUCAAUGCUUCUCCUCUGUUAAAGAUACAAGCCGAACUCCAGUCCGAGUUAAAGAUGGCGAAAUCCGAGAUUGAGGGGCUGAAGGCAAACUUAAUGGACAAGGAAACAGAGUUACAGUUCAUCUCAGAGGAAAAUGAAAACCUUCGCCGGAAACUGGAGAAAACCCAGAAAGAGACUAACUUUGAAGCUGAGCUGAAGAAACUGAGGGAAACCAUUGAGAACCUGAAGGCGGAUUUGAUGGAUAAAGAGACAGAACUACAGAACAUAAACGACGAGAACGAGUCGCUGAAACUGGAAGUCGGUAAGAAGGACAAGGAUGGUCAAGACAGUCUUGUGAAGUUAGGGCUUGCAAUGGAGGAGGCCGACAAGAACAGCAAGAGAGCUGCUAGGGUUACAGAGCAGCUAGAAGCUGCUCAAGCUUCAACCUCGGAAAUGGAAACCGAGCUAAGAAAGCUCAAAGUUCAGUCGGAUCAAUGGAGAAAAGCAGCCGAGGCAGCCACUGCUAUGCUUUCUGCCGGAAACAAGGGAAAAUUCGUCGAGGAUUACAGCCAAACGAACUCACCCUACUCCGAGGAAAUCGAUAACGACUUGGGGAAGAAGAAAAACCCGAAUGUGCUCAAGAAGAUCGGUGUUUUAUGGAAGAAAUAGCCCAGAAAAGGAGUUAUUUUACCGAGCAGGGUUUUUCUUCUUCUUCGCAGGUACUUUCCGCCAUGGAUUCAGAUGUGAAGAAGAGGGGGGAUUCUUGGUUUGAAUGUGUGGUUCUUCUGAAGACAUGUUCAUAGAUUUGAGGACUGUUAAGGUUUAUGUUACUGCUCAGAAAGACUUCUUAGUUUGAGAUACUGUCCUAAUUGUUGGGUCUCAGAUCUUUUGUGUUAAUAUUUUGGAAGAAAUUCUCGCGAGUGCCCUCAUGGGAUAUUUUAUA